AUGUCAGACAAGGAAUUCGACGACCGGUUCAUCCGCUAUCUCCAGAAAAAGUACGACGACCCCGUCUCCUGGGCGCAGGAAAUCUCCACCUUCUUCAAGGCUCUCGCCGCCCACAUGGAGAAGUGUCCGCGCCGCGAGGAGGGUGUUGACGGUGUCCGCACUUUUAAACGCGUGCUUCACGCUCUCAAGGACGUGACAAAGGAGCUUCGCUUGAACGAGAGGAUCGAAGAGCUUGCUGGCAUUCCGCACGACAAUGACUCGGAGGAGGUGGAGGUAGUCAAUGUUGAUGUUGAUGCCAACCGCCAGUUCAACGUCGGUGACCCGGUUAUCUACAGGUUCUUGGCCACAACGGGGUUUCUCAUGCAUGUUGAUGAGGAACCUCCUGUCUCGGUGGUCCAUCAGCUUGGUCUGAGGGGUACUGGCCCUGUGAUGGUUACUAUUGCUGUCCAGAAGAAGGGUGGUGCUACUGCUACUGCUACUGCUGGUGUUGGCGUUGGCGUUGGUGGUGGCAGCAAGGCCCAGUCUUAG